ACCUCCUCUUAGCACAGCCCUUUUGGGAGUUUCCUUUUCCAGGGCUUAGUCGCGCUCCUCCCUCCUUUUUGGUUCCUCUUCGUCCUCCCUCAGAGACGGGGGGGUCUCCUGCCUCAGUUUCCUCUCCAGUACCCGCGAGGUGGGUGCCCCAGUGCGGUACCCCAGUCUCCUCCCAGCUCGCGGCACCUGCCCCGCCUUCCAGCCCCGGGCCGGCUCGCGCGGCGCAGGCGCACCGGCCGCGGCCCUGAGGCCGAGCCCGACCUCAGCAGCUUCUGCCUCCGCCUCCUGCGACCGUAUCCGCGCGGGGCUAGUCGGCGGUCACCGAGACCGCGCUGGGCAGAGGCCCCGCGGGCCGCGCGUCGCCAUGGGCGCGGGCUGGAGCAGCGAGGAGGAGCGGCAGCCCCUGCUGGGGCCCGGGCUCGGGCCUGCGCCGGGAGCUGUCUGGAGAAGCCGGGAGGCGGCGGCGGCGGCGCUGCCCGCGGCGGCCCCGGGUCCCGGGCGGGUGUACGGGCGCCGCUGGCUGGUGCUGCUGCUCUUUUCGUUGCUGGGUUUCGCGCAGGGCCUGGUCUGGAACACCUGGGGCCCCAUCCAGAACUCGGCGCGCCAGGCCUAUGGCUUCUCCAGCUGGGACAUCGCGCUACUCGUGCUGUGGGGACCCAUCGGCUUCCUGCCGUGCUUCGCGUUCAUGUGGCUCCUGGACAAGAGAGGUCUUCGGGUAACUGUGCUUCUGACAUCCUUCCUUAUGGUUUUGGGAACUGGUCUAAGAUGCAUACCUGUAUCAGACUUAAUGCUUAAAAGAAGGCUAAUCCACGGAGGACAGUUGUUGAAUGGAUUGGCAGGCCCAACGGUGAUGAAUGCAGCUCCGUUCCUCUCUACGACGUGGUUUUCUGCCGACGAACGGGCCACUGCCACAGCCAUCGCAUCCAUGCUCAGCUAUCUUGGUGGAGCAUGCGCGUUUUUAGUGGGGCCCCUUGUUGUUCCAGCCCCCAAUGGGACAUCACCUCUUCUUGCUUCGGAGACGAGCAGGACCCACAUUAAAGAUCUCAUAGAGACUGUAUUGUAUGCAGAAUUUGGAGUUGUCUGCUUACUAUUUUCUGCAACACUAGCUUAUUUCCCACCCCGGCCUCCACUUCCUCCCAGUGUUGCUGCAGCUAGCCAGCGGCUGAGUUAUCGGCGGAGCUUUUGUAGAUUAUUAAGCAACAUGAGAUUUUUGAUGAUUGCUUUAGCGUAUGCCAUACCACUUGGUGUAUUUGCUGGUUGGUCUGGAGUUCUGGACUUAAUUUUAACACCAGUGCAUGUCAGCCAGGUAGAUGCUGGCUGGAUUGGAUUUUGGUCCAUAGUUGGAGGCUGUGUUGUUGGAAUAGCUAUGGCAAGGUUUGCAGAUUUUAUCAGGGGUAUGCUGAAACUAAUUCUUCUCCUCCUGUUUUCUGGGGCUACCCUCUCAUCCACGUGGUUCACCCUGACCUGUUUGAACAGCAUUACUCACCUGCCUUUAACCACAGUGACAUUGUAUGCCUCCUGCAUUCUCCUGGGAGUGUUCCUGAAUAGCAGUAUACCUAUAUUUUUUGAGCUUUUUGUGGAAACUGUCUACCCAGUUCCAGAAGGAAUUACUUGUGGAGUUGUCACUUUCCUAAGUAAUAUGUUCAUGGGAGUACUUUUAUUUUUUCUCACAUUUUAUCACACAGAGUUGUCUUGGUUCAACUGGUGCCUUCCCGGGUCGUGUUUGCUCAGUCUCCUCCUCAUUCUGUGCUUCAGGGAAUCAUAUGACAGACUCUAUCUUGAUGUGGUUGUCUCGGUGUAAUAGCGCAGACGUGAAGGAGUUGAAAGAGGGACUGGCAGUCGUACUGCACAUUUGCUUGGAGUUGCACACCUAACAGGAGGAAAAAAGGAGAAGAGAGAAACUUCACUGAGCGGUGUUGUUAGGUUACAGAUGAUCGCGUUCAUUUCAUGACUACUAGGUAAUAAUAACGCGGGACCGGAGGGAUUGCAGGGGAUUGAAAGACUAUAAAACGGCACACCCGUGCCUGGUUCUGGGACUGGAAGUGUGGGUAGCUUACACAUAAAGCACUACCCGAAUGAUGUCCUCUAUGUUUUGUGCCAGUGCUAAACUACUGAUUGAUUAAUUGUAAUUAUGGAAAGAAAUAAAGGGUAUCUGUCACAUACCUUACCUAAGUCACAUAUCAGAAUAGGAAGAAAUGCCACUAACUUCUGAAGAAGUUUAAACCCUCGAUCAGAUUUUAAUUAUAAAGUAGCCACGAGGUCUGUUGAUGAUAAAAAUUAGCCACGUGUACACUACGUUUUUUCUAAUAAAGCCAUUUCUUAUAUGAGUCCUUAUUUUUAACCAGGUCGGAAACCUUGGGCCAUCUUUAUUACGGUGAGCAAGUGCUUCCCACUGCUUCAGAACACAUACUUUGUGUCUCGAUCUCAACUUAUCCUUGUUUCUGUGAAAUGCAAUUUCAUCUACUAGGCUCUUAAAUAAUUAUAUUAAAGGUGACUAAAUGUUCAGUAUAGUCCCAUUAAAUACUGUAUGAAAACUGUAAUUCCAUUCUGAUUGAGCACUUUGUUAAAAGUGAACUGACAAAUCCCAUGGAACAUUCUGUGUCGUCAGGCUGUAGAGAGAGAGAGAUGGUGGCAGGGGGUAUAAAGCCCAGCACCCGCUAUUAUUUACUUGGGCUGCAUUUUAUUAAAUGACCCUUGUUUGAAAAUAACCAUUUAUAACAUUGAAACUUCCAAACCUGUUGAGUGAUUUCUGGAUUACAUUCUUGUAUUUCAAUUCAGGUUGUAAAAUACUCCAUACUCUAUGGAGUCCGCAUGUUUGAGAAGGCAAUCUUUUGUCAGUGCCUGUUUUCUUUGUGUGGAUGAUAGCUUUCUUAAAAAUGACAGUUACUCAUUGGACAGCUCUCAGACAUAUAUUUCACUGUGACAUAAGAUGUGCUCCGGUGGGAUUAUGGUAUUACCACUGUUGACACUUACAUCAUUCCCCUUACAUAGGAAAACCAAAUGUUUUCCCAGAAAGACAAGAACAAUACUUUCUUUGCCUUCAUUAUUCUCAGCUUUCUUCAACCACCUCUCUUUUUUUUUUCUCCCUUGAAAUUAUAUCUUGAUUGUCAGCUAAAUAUAUAUUUUAUUUGUCUUUCUCUGAACAGAGUGCAAGCCGACUCCUUCUCUUAGCCAUGGUGGUAGAAUGGGGUUAAAGAGGGCUGCUUAGUCCUCCGCUCUGCUCAUCUCAUCAUGUGUGCACACAUCCUCACACACGGUCCCAAAGCCCGCCCCCUCUUCCUAAGUCCAGGGUCAUGUGGAACUCACCCCGGGCUCAGAGGAGGAUCUAAGCCUUCUUCUGAGAUCCUAAAUCAUGCUUCUUGAAAAGUAAGGAAUUCAGCCUCUGUCUUCCAUCACCUUAAAAAUCACCGCCCUUAUAACCACCCUGCUGACUUAGAAUCAAGAACCGAGGGAACUAAGGAACUUGCUAAGAGAAGAAAAAAAACCAUGAAGGCUAGGCUUAGUUCCAGUUACCUCUGUCAUUCCUCAGUAAAGGAAAGCAAAAUUCUUGAAGGUAAUUGAAAGUCAGCCACUGUGGAUAUGAGCGGUCCCUGAGCGGUGCUCAGGUAACCCCCACCCCUUCCUCUUAGAAGACAGAUAGGAGAGGGAGGAGUUAGGAAGUACUCAGUUUUAGUCAGAACAGUGUUUGAGGACACUGUAUAUGAAAUUUUUCUAUAAUAAGACAUGAUAUAGAACAUUCUAAUUAUAGUUAAUUCUACUUUUAAUACGAAGUAAAGAAAAACACUUUAAAAAUAUUACCUAAAGGACGACUUUCAUGACAUCCCAAGUGGGUAGUGAUGAAAAUUCCUACAUCUUACCAGACGCCAACCAUGUUUUUAAAAAGCACACGUGAAAUGCUUCCAUCUCAUUUAUUCUAUCUGCUUACCCCUCUGGCAGAUGCUUGUUCUAAUCCCAAACUGAAACUGUUUUAAGUGUUCAAAAUUUCAUAUACCAAACCUGAUAGAACCAAAGGGCUUUGGAGGUGGGGAGAGAGGAUUGCACAUUAUUCAUUUCCCUGAAUAUUUCAAGUCAUAUGCCUUUUUUACUUGUUAUUUCUAGCGUGCAUCAAAAUAGACCAGCUGUUGUCUUUGUACUUUCUAAACAAACACUACAGAGUCCUAAUGAAAUUUUAUAACCAAAGAAGUGUGAACCCUCCACUAAGCCAAGCCCCUCAUUUUAGAAUUUAUAGGAGCAAUGCCACAGAGGCUAAGGAUCUUGCUGACGGUCACAGUCCUAGUUAGUAACAAAAGUAGAACCAACUGAAACCCACACCUUGUGGCUCCCAAAGCAGGGUUUUUCCCUACCUCACAAAACCGCAGUUUAAUUGGGACAUUUUGGGGGGGUCAUAACUACUCCUCCGUGUUUGUACACGGUGGGGCUUGGAACAAAUCAUCAUUUGGAGUAUGGAAAGUACAGGGAUCUAACAGAGGUGACUGGUUUUUAAGUAAGAUCAUUCUGUUUUCUUCAUCCUGUUGGUGCUCUAACAUCUCGGAGUCUUAGCCUGCAGGGACAGGAUAUAAAAAGAUUCUGAUGAAUAAUUCAAUCCUCAUAAACCAAGUCAACAGCAUUAAUUGGUAAGAACAUGUAUAGUGUAAGUUCCCUGUGGCUUAUCAAUGAAUACUUCACAGUUUAUGGGAAGAUACAUUUUUUAAUAUGGUUUGUGGUCGAGGUAUAGGCACAAGAUAAUUGCGCACACAAAUGCAUUUCACUGGAGGAUGAUGCUAAUAAAAUAACAAGAGGGAAUCAAGUUAAAGUAGGAUUUUGUAUAUUUAAACAUAUAUGGCUUCAGGGCCAAGCUUUAUCAUAGAUCAUAUAUUUAUGCUUCAUUAUUGAGAAUGUUUACAGCUUGUUUUUAUGAAGGCCUUCUAAUGAGGGAUUCAAGCUAAGAGAUUUUAAAUUGAAGAGAUUAAAUUCCUAUCUACUUUAAAUUGGGGUUUUUUUCGUAUUAUUUUUACUAAAAUCUAGGCAUUCAUCUUGCUGUUUGCGUAAGUGGAAGCUACGUUUUAAACUGAAGAUCAAAUACAAAUGCAUAGUAAACUUGCUUUAAACUAAUGUUAAAAAUCACAUUAAUUCCACACCUGUGCCUAAAAUAGUAAAUACGGGAAUCACGGUGAUUAUACCAUUUUAUAUAGCAAGUGCAAAAGAAAACUAUGAGGAAAUUUGAUGACACCUAUUUUGUGAAUCUAGGAAUCCCCCUUUAAUUUAGAAUUGUACAGGAAGGGACAAAUUAAAGUUUAUUUCCAUACUAUCAAACAGUUCACUAGUCUGUUAGGAAAAUAUAAGCAAUAUUCUGGGGAUAGGUAGUGUUAGACCAUCCCAGAAGAACAAAAGUUGACGGAAGGAUUUUGGGGCACUCUUUUAACAGCGCCCAUGGGUACUUUGUACUCGGUGGAGGUAGCUGUGCGCUCAGGAAGGGGACACCUUGACUACCCUGAGCACACGUGUCCUCUCAGGUGUCUGAGACUCUCUAGGUCUCUUCCUUGCCCCGACUUCCUGGCACAGGCUUCACCCUGAAGCCCAGCCUCACGCUUAACUACGACCAAGGCCACAUGCCUGGGCUUCCGUCUCCUGAGCGGGACGCUAGCACGGGUCAGUCCAGAGAGCUCUAACAGUUCUUCCCACAGCAAGUUUCAUAAGUUAGAAUAUCCCCUGACGUGGAAAUGACAAAGGUCUCUCUAACAGGCUUCUCUAGCUAUUCCUUCUUGCUUUUUAGAAUAUGGACUGAUUCGAUAGUCUUAUGGAGUCUUUCUUUUGUGCCUUGGAAAUCUGGAAGGCCUCCGAUGAUAGCUUUCCAUCUCAACCCAUGCUCAAAAAGUGAGAGCAAAGGUUGCUCUGCCCUAGCUGUUCUGUUCGUUCAACAAGGGAGAAUUACACUUUUUUCUCUUAAAUGACUAAAAAAUGAAAGCUGAAAUUCAUUUCAGCAGCUUGAUAAGAUGUUAGAAACGCAUCAAACCAUUUGAGCUCUGAAGCACACAUCACAGUGCUUUCGGGGCUCCCUCUUGGCUCUUCUCAUCUGCAAGGGAGGCUUCCACAGUCUUGACCAGAAUGGCAAGCAGGACUUGGGAGACACUUUUCAUUUACCUAAAUGUUAAAAAGUGAAACUUCUACUUCCUACAACUUAGUUUAGGCUUUUUCUAAUUCCAAUUGAUUUUUUUCCCUUUGAAUCAAAGAGGUGAUCUAAUCCAACUACCUCAUUUUACAAAUUCACAGAGAAUCUUUGAGGUUCAAUGCCAAGCAAAGCUUUAGCAAGUAACCUAAGUCCUAGACCAGCAUUCUUUCCAUAAGUGGUCAAUGCAGUAACCAGAAAUAAAAUUAAGUAAUUUUUUUCAUUUCUUUUAAGUUUUUGUAAAUGAAACAAGGAAUGCAUGAAUGCAUAGCCAUUUUAAAAUACCCAGUACAGAAAUAGAGUGGUCUAUCUCCAUACAAACACGUGCUGACUAUCCAUGCCCCUUUCCAAAGUAUUCCUUACUAAUCCUUUCAGAAAUUCUUCUAUGCAUUUUCAUACAUAUUUAUAGAAACUUGGGGAUUUAAAAUUAAGUCAUCUAGGUAACUAUUUCUUCCACCAUGUUGGCAUUAGCUUUUUUGAGCAGAAGUAGGAGUUUCUGAGAUCCUUGUUUCUCUCCCAGAUGUGUCUGUACCAAAUGGAGGAGUAGUUAAUAGAGACAUCUCACAAACAUGGUUGCAGACCAUCAGACUCUUAUCACAUCCAGAAGUUUAAAAGUGAAUUCUAAUAUGCAAUAUUCCUUUUCUCGUAUUGGAAAUGGACUUUCUCUUUUGAUGUCAACUAGGGCCUAUGUGCUGUGAGAGAAGAAAGUGAAUGACCCACGCCCGAAAUCCAAAUCGAUUUUCUUUCUUUUUUUUUUUUUUU